AUGCCAGGGAUCGCACCACCGAGCUUGCCUGAUGCCUCCGAUGAUGAAAUGGCCGAUGCGCCGCCAUCUAGAGAUCCCAGCGCCGAUGCCCAAGAAGCUGAUAACCAAGACGAUGACCCAGAUGUCGAGCCAGAGCAGGACCAGGAGCCCGUGCAAAAGCAAAAACAAAAACAAGAUCAGGAUGCGGAUGAAGCAGGUGGCGAAACACAAGCAGAACCCGACGCCGAGCCCAAAGCUGAAACCGCAUCAAGCCCGGCAGCAGCAGAAGCAGAUACACCAUCAAAGUUUAGUGGCACGCCUCGUGGAGGUGGUAGACUGGCUGGAUAUCCUCGCAAACGUCGCCCUGGCCGACCGCCUAAAAAUCGCCCACCGGAAUGGGAUCUUCCCGACGAUGGAACGGAGCAGAGGAUCGUUGUUACAACCCCAGUGAAGAGGAGACGCGGUCGACCUGCUGCUAGUGGAGGAAGAUGGGGUCGACGGGGUGGAAAUCCUCAUGUUACACAGGUUGCCGUUGAUAAAGAAGGCACGAUGAUGGACGUCGUGAAUGACGAGGUCGCCCUACCAGAUAUUGAAGAAGGGGAAAAGAAGGUGGACAAGAUGGGUCGCUUGCUAGGCGGAAGAGAAUAUCGAGUGCGCACAUUUACUAUCCUCAAUCGAGGAGAAAGACUAUACAUGCUGUCUACGGAACCGGCGCGGUGUAUCGGAUUCCGGGAUUCGUACCUGUUUUUCCAAAAGCACAAAAUGCUGUAUAAAAUCAUCAUUGAUGACGACGCCAAACGUGACUUGAUCGAGAGAGACAUCAUACCACAUUCUUACAAAGGAAGGGCAAUUGGUGUUGUGACGGCGAGGUCCGUGUUUCGAGAGUUCGGCGCAAAAAUUGUUAUUGGUGGACGCAAGGUGAAUGAUGAUUAUGAUGAGAAGGCGGCACUUGAACGUGGAGAUACCGAGGGUGAACUCGCUGUACCUGAGGACAAACUGCCACCCCCUGGAGAGGAAUACAACAGAAACCAAUAUGUCGCGUGGCACGGUGCAAGUGCGGUCUAUCACACCGGUGCGCCAUCUGUUCCAUUGCCCGUUGGAAAGGCCGUUGAUCAAAAGAAGCGCAAGGUGACUGUGACUGGAGAUAACUGGAUGAUUGAACAUGCCAGGGAAACUAGUCGAUUCAACUCGGUUCUUGCAAAUGUACGACGGGAGAAUCUGGAGGGUGUAUACGAUGUUCACACCAACUACGUGCAAUACCCUAAGAUCAUGCAACCAACACAUGCGCGAUGGGAAGUGAUACCUCCAUCUGAGGAUUCGAAACCUUCCAACCAACUUGUUGAGGAUAUGUCAGCCUUGCAGAUCAUGAGUGGAAAUACGCCGAAAGCUGAUGAGGAUGCGGCCAAUAACAACGACGAAAAUGACGUUAAGUCGGCCGACAAACAAUUAACACACGCUAGUCCGGCAGCUUCCAGUAUAAUGCCUCCAGUACCUUCAAUAUUUACACGACGCUUUGCCAUUACGGAUAUACAUUACGAAACACCUGAGACAAGCACGCUUGGUCGUCCAGGCCCAGACGGUGAUGUUCAGGACGUGGGCUCCAAUGGAAUCAUUAGUAUGGCCAACCCUAAAUAUCCAGAGUUUGUCAGCGCAGAGGUACUCGCUGAACUCCCGCCGGAAUGCAAGGAAGCAUUAAUGGAAGCAGCAAUCAAAGAGUACGCAUGGAAAUCAAAAUGGCACACCGAGUCGACGGAUACAGCUAGGGGUCAUUUUCUUCAGAGCUAUAACUGGUACCCUUGA